CUCCUUGGAGGGGAUGAGAGCAGCCUUCCAGGAGAUGUGGGAGGAGUCCUACCAGCGGGUGGCUGACGAGCAGGAGAUCUAUGAAGGUCCCAGGCAGCCCUGCUGGGUGCACCCCUGUCCUGGAGCUAACCCGUGUGCCAGUGAGGCAGGAAGGCAGUCACCCACUAACCAGAUACAAGCCCCAUGCUCUUCCCUUAGCCCUUGACUUUGCCUCACAGCCGCUAACUGGCCCCAACACGAUGCAUCUGGGGCCAGAACUCACCCAGCUCCAUGACCUCCUCCAGCUGAAGCAGGAGAAUGCCUGCCUGACCACCAUCACCAAGCAGAUCACACCCUACGUCCGCUCGAUUGCCAAGGUGAAGGAGCGGCUGGAGCCCAGGUUCCAGGCUCCCGUGGACGAGGAGUCAGAGCAGCUCCAAGACCUGGGUGACGACAGCACGAACGACGAGGCCCAGGCCAGGAGUGACCCAGUGUGUGGGGCGGACAAGAGGGAGACCUCGGAGCCGAGAGGAAACAGCCGGACCCCGCACAGCCUCACGGAAGAGCCUCCCCUGCAGAGCAAAGAUCCUCAUGGACCCAAAGCGAGAAAUGGGGGUGACGUCCCCCCACGGAGGGAGCGCCCCACCUAGCAGAUGGGGCUGGCCCAGGGCGUGGGCCUGUCACGAGCCAGCCCGGGCCUGUAAGAAAAGCGCGCUCCCACCAUGACGUUGCACAGGGGGAAGGGGGAUUGCUUAUCAGCAGUAAAACCCAGACACGCUCACGGGUCCUCAUUUCAGGAUCUGGCUGGGGCUUAGCUUUGCUUUCCCUGCGUUCACGUGGCACAAAGUCUGGGUUGUCAUCACGGCGACAGGGGACGAGUCCUAGGCCACAUGGCUGUUCAGUGAGGGACCAUCCAGCCCAGCCGGUGUGGCUCAGUGGUUGAGCGUCAACCUAUGAGCCAGGUCACAGUUUGAUUCCAGUCAAGGGCACAUGCCCAGGUUGUGGGCUCCAUCCCCAGUGGGGGGAGUGCA